UGCCACUGCCGCUGUCGGCUGCGGAGCCGGCAGCUCGAGAGAUGAUGGGCCUACUUCCCCUUUGGGUCCUGUUGACGUGGAUGGUGUUCCCCGUUCUGGCGCUCGCUGCGGAGACGGCCUCGAUCGGAAAGCUCCGCCCGUGGCCAGCUGAGACGGUUGCAGCCGGUUGCGACGGAGGCUCACCGUGCGCGUGGGACAGGCCUGCUUGGAGAGAUGGACGGCCAGUUCCUGGUCGAAUCUUGUUCGUGUCAGUGGGUUUUUACGGCCACGCGAUGCCCCUGCUGUCCUUGGCGGAAGAGAUUGCGGCAAGGGGCCACAACGUCACCUUCGCCACUCACAACUGUCUUCGACCGAUGGUGGACGAAACCCCCGGGGUGGCAUUUCUCUCCGCGGGGCGCAUGCCUAUGCAUGACCACCACCUGAGAUCGAAGUUGCGGUCCUUGUCGCAGGCCGGGGGAUUCUGGGGCCUGCUCACCCUGCUCAACGACGUCUACCUGCCGCUGGCGCGUCCGAUGUACCGGGCGCUCCUGUCCGCCGUGCAGCUGCCGCCGUCGCCGCCUACGGCCUCCCCUCUGUCGCCGCCCGCUUCGGCGGUGGCGGCUUCGGCUAGAAACGCGGGCGCGGCGGCGGGGGCUCCCCCCGGCGGUACGGAAAAGAAGCGUGAAGAUGAAGUUCCCGGCACGAGAUACCCCGGACAGCCGCCACCAGGCGGGGGCAGUAGCAGCAGUAGUAGCAGCAGCAGCAGCAGCAGCGACUGCGGUGGCGGUAGCGGCAGCGGUAGCGGCAGCGGUGGGAGCUGCUGUUGCGGGAGAAGAGGCGCUUCUACGGAGCAGGGCGACGAGUGUCUUUCCGGCAGCGUAGGAGCAGCGGGAGAGGAGGUGAUAGGUGCGAGCGGUGUAGCCAAUGAUGCGACAGAGGAGGGACACCAGCAGAGCUGCUGCAGUGGCAGCGGCGGCGGUGCACAUGACUGUGGUAGCCGCGACGAUGAUGCCGGAGGAGCGGCCACCUGCUGCGUUCGGGACGGGGCUGCGUCGUGGGCUCGGCCGUUCGAUUUGGUGGUGCUCGACAUGGGCUCCUUGGGUGGGCUGGACUUUGCCCAGAAGCUGGGCAUCCCGUACAUGUUCAACUCGCCGAGCCUGCUCUUCGAUCUCUCUGGGAGACACGUGACAGCGACGCUUCCCGCGUGGGGCACGGGCAUGGCGAGACGCAUGAGCCUCGGGGAUCGGCUGCAGAACGCCAUCUCGCCCAGAGCGCUCUCGGUGUUCCUCACGCCGGCGUUCAUCGCCAUGAACAAGGCAAGGAGGGAGCAGGGGCUGGAGCCCUUCUACGCACAGGACGACGUCUUCCACGGCGCGCGCGUCCUCGUCAACACGGCCUUCGGCUUCGAGUACCCGUACGGCGUCAACCCCCUCGUCGAGAUGACGGGGCCCCUCCUCCCGCCCAGGGUCGCCCGCGCUCUCUCGGCGAAGCGAGAGCUCGCUGCCGUCGGNGCCCUACCGUUCCUCAUCCGGACCUGGUUGGGCGGGACGGGCGCCCUGGUGGCCCCCGGCACGGCGGCUUUCGAAGCGGCCGCGAAGCAAUCACAUCGUGCCGAAGCGGCGGCGGCGGCGGCCGCUGCAGCGACUCCUGCGAAGGAAGAGGCCCCCGCCUCCGCCGCUGCUGCUGCUGGCUCCGGUUCCGCGCCUGCCACUGCCUCCGCAGUGGCGGCCGGUGAGGGCCCGAUGCUUCCCGACGACAACGGGGUGAUCUACGUGAACCUCGGGCGCAUGCCGCAGCUGGACAAAUGGCAGCUGGUGACCAUCCUGCAGGCGCUGUCGUCCCCGUCGGAGGCGAUGUGCUGGGGCGGCGGCGGGGCAGAGGACAGGCUCGGGCGCUACCGCAUCCUUUGGGUCUUGCCGAAGGACCAGCGGGAGCAGCUGCUGUCGGCGCUGCUGCCGAUGCCGCCCCCGCCUUCCUUCCGCCUCAAGGUCUUGGGGGGGCUGCCGCACCUCGGGAUCCUGGCCCACCCGGCGGUCAAGGCCGUGGUUUCGCACUGUGGCAUGGGCGCCGCGCAGGAGGCGUUGCUUUUCGGGAAGCCUGUCCUCUGCUUGCCAAUGCUCGCCGACCAGGAGGACGUCACUAGGAGGGUUAUCGAUGCCGGCGCCGGGCUCGGGCUGUCUGGCCUCCCCACCGGGAACAUCAGCUCCGGAGACGUCCGGGAGGCGGUCGCGGAUAUCGUCUCAGACCCCUCCUUCGGCGGAAGUGCCGCUGUGUUGUCUGGCGUGUUGAGGCGAGCCGGCGGCACUCUGCGAGCGGCGGAUGUGGUGGAGGGGACUCUACAGCUAGGCGGGAGUUCGCACCUGCAUCCCCCGGAGCUCCGAGGACCGUGGCACGAGGCCUCUAGCACCGACGCGUACGUCUUCCUCUUGGCCGGCUUGGUAUUGGUGGCGGUCCUUGGGUACGCCUUGCUUGCGGCGCUCUGCUACGGCGCCCUUCUCUUGUUGCGCUUCUCCGCGAGGAUGGCGGUGCGCUCCGUCCGCUGGCUGUUAGGCCUCCCGCAGUGCAUCCCUCGCGUCGGCUGCGGCGGCGGCGCCGUGCCGGGGGGACGGCAAAUGGGAUGGUGGUGCGCGUGGUGGCGGCGGGGCAACCCGAGGGGUUCGACUCCGAACGGCGGCAAGAAGAACAGCGACAACGGCGUGCUGCUGUCGCCGGAGAAGGCGGCGGCGGCGAUGGCGGCUGCCGCGGAGGCGGAGGCCGCGGCGGCGAAGAUGAUGGCGGCGGCAGCGGCAGCUGGUGGCGGCGGCGGCAGUGUCGGUGGCGGCGGCGGCGGCCUUUGGGACGAAGCGCUCAUGACGCUCUUGGGAGGGCCGGGACCACCGGACCCGUUCCCGGAGGACUCGUUGCCGGAGCUCGACGGGCCGGCGGUGGACAGGCAGCACGCGCCGGGGAGGGUUGGUCGCAACGGUGGCAACGGCGGGGGCGACCGCGCUGUCGCCAGCGGCGGCACCGCGAGCGGGAACGGCCACCUCAGGUCGCUCUCCGGGGAGCUCGUCAUGUGGCCAACGGCCCCGAACGACGGCCGGACGUUUGAUUUCCGCGGGUGGAGCACCGGUGCCGCCAACGGCGGGAGCUACGGCAACGGUAACGGCAACGACGUGGCGCCGCACCACCUGAAGCGGUGGGAUUGAUCGGGUGGUGGAAGAAGGCGGAGAAAGCAUCAGGACACGCAGGGGUGGUUAGGGCAGGCGACGGGGGACGGUUGCUCUUUUUGUGGAGCUUCCGCUCGUUUUGUCGCCGGCCGCAGGAAUUGUAGAUUGGGGCGAGUGGUAGACCGACCGUAAAACAGCCGGGUCUUUUUUUUACGAAGGCGGCAGCGGCAGGAAAGACAAAGAGGGGUCUGUAUGGUAUGCUGCCGAAAGGGAUAGGAUACUUGGUGAUGUAGGCGCGAGCAAGCUUUUGUGUCCUCGGAAGACCUCACCACGCAAGUCGGCGACGGCUUUCUUUGCUUACAGUAGCCGGAGUGUCCCGGUGCGACUCUUUCGGCGUUGUCGUGCACGAGCCGCCCGAUUUUUUGCCCACAAAAAGAGGCCACUAGACACGUACACACAGGCCUCCGUGAUACCUUGUCCUUGGUGCAGAAGCUUGUGUUGGUCGUGGCGGAAUGUUGUGGAAGGAUCGAACAAGCUCCAGCAGUGUAGGGCAGGAACGAGGGCCUUAAAACAGCUGAUGUCGAAAUAUCACAGCGCGUUAUGAAUGCGCACGAGGA